GUGCUCGUGCUACUUUUAUUUCUUUUUCCUUCUCAAUGCAGAUUUGCAGAUUGUUUUUCGGAAGCUUUGCAAUGUGGGUUUUCUGUUUGAAAUCGACUUGGCAAUUUGGGCUUUCUUCAUCGUUAUUCUGCUGGACUCUUCCUUUUGUCUAUAAUUUUCUUGGUUUUUCUUUUCAUUUUCUUUGAUUUAUGUAUAUUUUGAUAGCAUUAUGCAAAGUGGGUUCAUGAAGUCCUAGUUGCUCAAGGAUCCUCGCUUCCUGCGACGAGGAAAGUAUUUGGUUUGUCUAUUCAAAUUUGGAUUUCGUAAUUCGCAAGAAAAUUUGGUUCUUUUUAACUUGAUUUGAGCUUGGAUAGGUAGUCUUUUUAACUUAAUUCGCAAGAUAAUUCGCUUCCGUGAGGCUUUAAUUUCUCCUGUUUAGCUUGUUGUUCGCGUCGUUUGAUUUUUGUUUCCAAUUAUUAUUGCAGUUUGCUUAACUUUCACGUUUGUGCAUUUGGGGUUUUCCCCCCUCUUCUUCUUUCAAUCAUUCAAUGUAUAUCGUUGUCCUUGCUCUUAUUGUCCAAAGUCGACGAAGUUCUUGAAUUACCUGUGGCACAAAGUAACAAAGCAAAUGGUGUAAAAUGAAUUAUCUGUGGCAGUAUAUAUUUGGGAUUUUAAGGAAUCAGUCCAAUGCGUAUUUUUGUUGGUGGAAGCAAGGUGGUUCAUUUUAGACCUGAGCGGAACUUAAAGUCAAUCGCGGAGGCAUCUUCCAACAUGGAUGAUGAUGAUGAUACCUCAAGCCCAUGUCCAACCUUUCCCGACUGUGGAUUCAGGCAGCCAAACAGCGGUGUAGUUCUCUCUUGUCUGGACUGCUUCCUUCGAAACGGAUCCCUUUACUAUUUUGAGUAUGGCGUUUCUCCAUCAGUUUUUAUGGCCAAAAUACGGGGUGGCACAUGCACUACCGCACCAUCUGAUCCUCCGGAGAGUGUUAUCCACAGAGCAAUGUAUCUUCUCCAAAACGGCUUUGGCAGUUAUGAUGUGUUUCAGAACAACUGUGAGGAUUUUGCCAUGUAUUGCAAAACCGGUCUUCUGAUAAUGGACAAGCAAGGGGUGGGAAGAAGUGGUCAGGCUUCUUCCGUCAUUGGAGCUCCUUUGGCUGCUGUACUUUCUUCCCCCCUCAAUUUGUUGAUGCCAAGUCCUGUUGGUGUGGCUACUGUAACAGCUGGAAUGUAUUGUAUGAGCCGGUAUGCCACUGAUAUCGGUGUUAGAAGCGAUGUGAUCAAGGUGGCAGUGGAGGACUUAGCUGUGAACCUGGGAUGGACAAAUUCUAAUGAAGACAUAGCUGAAAAUGAAACUUCAAGCUGACAGACUGCCAGAUGAUCUUACUUUUUCCUUGUUCUGCUCAAGUGCACAUGAAAUUGCAGCAAUGUGGUAACUGUUAUGUAUUCAAUAGUAACUAGAUAUAUUGCUUGCCUUCCUGUUCAUUUUAUUCUGGACAACUAUCUUAGAAAUUAUUGUUGUCUAGUUAUUAUUCAGGUUGUGCAUGGAAUGAAGUACAGUUAAUUUUGUGAUUAAUAAAGUAGCAUUGGUCUUUUCCCCCC